GUCUGAACUCUGGAAGUUGUUAAUGCUAUUUAAUGGCAUUUAUUUACAUCGAUGAAUAAUGAAUUAACGCAGGGGUGAGUAAUAAAUUCUCCCAUUUGAAACCCUAAUUCCCUCCAUCCGAAUCCCUCGUCUAGCUCUGACACCAUUUCUCUCCUCUCCCUCCUUAGUUGGCGAACUAGCGACCGGAAUUGAUUCUCUGGCCUCCAAUUCGACGCGAGAUUGCGCUCAGAUGGAUGCAGAAGAUGAUCAUCAACACAAGCAAGAGCGCUCGAGGACUAGGUGGACAGCAGCUCUCGACAAGAUCUUUGCUGACUUGAUUGUGAAGCAAAUUCAGCUUGGCAAUAGACCGGACAAUUACUUCGACAAGAAGACAUGGAACACUAUACGUGAGGAGUUCAAUCGGCAAACAGAUCUUAAUUUCAAUAACAAUCAGCUGAGGAAGCAUUUGGACGUCCUGAGGACGCGAUUUCAUAAUCUCAAGUCUUCAUUAGAUCAGAAUGAGUUCACCAUGGAUGAUACUUAUGUUAUUGGGUUUGAUCUCUGGGAAGAUAUCGGGCCAAGGAAUGAAUCUGCAAAGAUAAGGGACUGCCCCAUAUAUGGGCAACUAUGCACAAUAUUCACGGAGUCAGCUGUAGAAGGAAAAUAUGCACAAUCAAGCCACUAUGAGGAAAUUGAUAAGCCCACUGGACCAGACUUGACCACAGCUCCUAGCCCAGAAACACCUGCAGAAAAGGUCUCAAAAUCCAACUCCAACAAGAAAAAGAAACGACCAUUAGAAGCUGAACAGAGCAGCUGUCCAGAGGAGCAGGUCAGGAGGGACCAGGAAAUCCUCGAUAAGAUGGGCCAUGCCAUGAUGGAGAUGGUCAAUGCUUCAAAGUCCAUGAGAACAGAGGAAAAGGCACUGAAGGAGGAUUUCUACUCGAUAGAGAAGUGUAUAAGGGCGUUAGAUGAGAUCGAGGGCAUUGAGGAUAGGGUGUACUUCGCUGCUCUUGAUCUCUUCGAGGAACCAAGCUUGAGGGAGACCUUUGUUUCUCUGAAGGGUCACAAGAUCAGGUUGACCUGGUUGCAGGGGAAGUGUGACAAGGCUAUGGCUGCACAAACAUUGAUGACUUGAUCUUCCUUUUGGCCAUUUUAGGAGUGUAAAUGCUUUCUCUCUCUCUCUUUCUUUUGGAUGCUGUACAGAGCUUUUGCAUUCUUUUUGCUCAUUACAGGCCAUUUUGUUCAUAGCUUUCCGAUCAACUGGGAGCUGUUGGGAAACAGAUAAUUUGGGUUCAUCAGCUGUCUUUGAGCUCCCUGGAUCGCUUACUUCAGUUUGGCAAUCGUCUUUUGGGUUAUGCCUCCUAA